AUGGCGGAACACAAGUGGCGGUUCCGGCCAUGGGUGUUGGAGCCACUGCCCCUGGGCAUGACCUGCAGGCCCUGGUACAAUGACCAUCUGCCUUCUAGGUGUUUCGCAAAGCACAAGAAGAAGCUUCUGAAGUUCCCCACUUCACUGGAUAGCCGGCGGUGGGUAUUUGUCAAAGAAGGACUGGAUGACUUCAGGAAAGGCUGUCCCUCGUGUGAAGAUCUGAUCACUCGGGGCCCCAAGGAGGCCUUUCUCCCAACGAUUUCUCACAGAGUUCCCCAGCCUGCACCCACAAAGAGUCGCAAAAAGCUGUCCAAGGACAUAGGUCUGUUUUCCACACUCUCAGGGACUCAACUGGCACGCAAGGCAUUUGUAGAGGAUGUCGAAGCCAGCCUGACCCAGCAUCCCUUGGCUCAGUACCCGACUCUGCAAGAAGAUCUCCCUGCAGACAUCUUAUCAAAAGUGCUGGAAGUGCUGGAUCCUGACAGGAAGCUGCAAGACACAUGGGCUUACUGUGAGGACCAGGGCAAAAGAACCAAGGAACUCCCCAAGGUUGUCAAAUGCCUUAGUAAACAAAGCUUCCUGGAACCCCCCAAGAUUCCAGGGUCAAAUAGAAAUAAUUUGAUUCACAAAGAAGACAUAUUGAGUAAAAAAGAUUUGCCAGAUUCUCAGAGUCAUAGGCACAUACCAAAAGGAAUCAGCGACUUCUGCAAAUGGGUUGCUACAUUUGGAGACUUGGGCAUUGAUGAAGAGUUCAUGAUGCAACAGGUUGAUGUUGACUACGAGUGCAGACCAACCUACAAUGACUACCACAUCAAGAAAAUAAAUCUACUUCCUUCUGACCUCAAGUAUUGCACCAGGCUAAACAAAUUGAAGGAGAUAAGAUUCUCCAUACAGGAACUAGACUUUGAGAGGAAACUCCACAAAUUCAAGAAUUCUUAUAAACCCAACUGGGUGAAGAUGAGGUAUGGGGCAUGGUACCUGAAGCCCAAGUUGUGGAGAAAGCUAGUAAAUGAUGAACCAUUAAUUGACCCCAAGAUCUUACAUGAAAGUAAAGGAUCCCGUACUCCUCAAACAGAAAUUAUUGACGAUCUUUAUGGGACAAUUGCCUUUAAGGAUUUCAUUGUGAGCAAAGGCUACUGUAUGCCAGACAUCCUCGAGAAACUGUUUAUCAGGAAGGGAUGGAACUAUGACUCUGUUAAGACUCCUAUACCAAAAGCAAUAAAAGCUCAUGCAAACAUAAAAGAUGAAGAUGAAGAUGAAGAUGAAGAUGAAGAUGAAGAUGACUAG